CAAGCGGCAUCUUACAGCGGAUCUACACCGGUAGUGCGAAUGCUCCUAGACGCCGGAGCAGACGUCAAUUUCACAGGAGGCAUAUAUCACACCGCGCUUCAAGCAGCAGCGGCCGAAGGCCGGAUCGAAAUCGUCAAACUAUUACUCAACAAAGGCGCUGAUAUCAACGCCCGUGGAGAGAGAUAUGGCAACGCACUUGAAUCCGCAAGAUCGGGAGGACACACUUCCACUGAGGAAUUGCUGCUU